CUCCAACUCAUCUCAUCCGCAACCGCCAUGCCUCUCUGGGUAAUCUACCACCCCGAAGACUCCUUCCCGACGCCCGAGUCCAAGCAGGCGCUGGCAGCCGACAUCACGAAAAUUUACACCAGCCUAGGGCUUCCGGUCUUCUACGUCAUUGUCAACUUCGUCACGCUGCCCAGCACCAGCAUCUUCGUCGGAGGCAAGAACCACGACAAGCCCUACAUCCGGAUCGCCAUCGACCACAUCGCAGUCCACCGUGCGGGCCAUCCCGAACACCAGUUGAGGAUGGUGAACAAUAUCGACACUGUGCUGAAGCCACACAUUGCCGAUAAGGGAUAUGGCUGGGAGUUCCACAUCGACGAGACGCCGAGAGCGCUCUGGAAAAUUAACGGAUUCAUCCCCCCACCCUUCCAGAGUGAAGCGGAGAAAAAGUGGGCUGAACUGAACGAGGCGGUAGAGUGGGCUGAACUGAACGAGGGGGUAGAGUGGCAGGAAUGA